AAGGUGCGUUUUAUAUACAUUAUCCUCUGCACUCCACUCUCAUUUUGUGUAGUGCUGGACAGUGCGGCAGUCGUACCUAUUUAUACAUUUAGCUUUUUAUAUUUUCAAUACUAAUUCACAAUGUGCGACGAAGAAGUUGCCGCGCUGGUAGUGGACAAUGGAUCCGGUAUGUGCAAGGCUGGCUUCGCGGGAGACGACGCUCCCCGUGCCGUGUUCCCAUCGAUCGUGGGCAGACCUCGCCACCAGGGCGUCAUGGUGGGCAUGGGCCAGAAGGACUCGUACGUAGGGGACGAGGCCCAGAGCAAGAGAGGUAUCCUCACGCUCAAGUACCCCAUCGAACACGGCAUCGUCACCAACUGGGACGACAUGGAGAAAAUCUGGCACCACACCUUCUACAACGAGCUGCGAGUUGCCCCCGAAGAGCACCCCGUGCUGCUCACAGAGGCUCCCCUCAACCCUAAGGCCAACAGGGAGAAGAUGACCCAAAUCAUGUUCGAGACCUUCAACACACCCGCCAUGUACGUGGCCAUCCAGGCCGUGCUCUCGCUGUACGCGUCCGGUCGUACCACCGGUAUCGUGCUCGACUCCGGUGACGGUGUCUCCCACACCGUGCCCAUCUACGAAGGGUACGCGCUCCCGCACGCCAUCCUGCGUCUGGACUUGGCCGGUCGCGACCUCACAGACUACCUCAUGAAGAUCCUUACCGAGCGCGGUUACUCCUUCACCACCACCGCCGAGAGAGAAAUCGUGCGUGACAUCAAGGAGAAGCUUUGCUACGUCGCGCUCGACUUCGAGCAGGAGAUGGCCACCGCCGCCUCCAGCAGCUCGCUCGAGAAGUCCUACGAGCUUCCCGACGGUCAAGUCAUCACCAUCGGAAACGAAAGGUUCCGUUGCCCAGAGGCUCUCUUCCAACCUUCAUUCUUGGGAAUGGAAGCAAACGGUAUCCAUGAAACCACUUACAACUCGAUCAUGAAGUGCGAUGUCGACAUCCGUAAGGACUUGUACGCCAACACAGUAUUAUCCGGAGGUACCACGAUGUACCCAGGAAUCGCCGACCGUAUGCAAAAGGAAAUCACAGCCCUGGCACCAUCCACGAUGAAGAUCAAGAUCAUCGCUCCCCCAGAGAGGAAGUACUCCGUAUGGAUCGGAGGAUCCAUCCUGGCUUCCCUGUCGACCUUCCAACAGAUGUGGAUCUCGAAACAGGAGUACGACGAGUCCGGCCCCUCGAUCGUACACAGGAAGUGCUUCUAAAUGCCUAAUGAGACUUGUAACAUAUGAUGCCCUACACCGAGACCCCGAAUGGGCGGCUCAAAUUACGCUUGUGAUUUAUUAUUUAAGUACAGUAUUUAACUAGGCUGUAAGGUAUCGUAAUAUGCAUAUUACGUAAAACGUUUUUUGACAAAGAUUUUUAAUUUAUUUAUUGAAAGUCACUAACCUGAACAUUUUUAAUAAAAAAUUAAUUUAUAUACCGGUAUAAAA